CCUGCGCCUGCGCGAAGGUUCGAGGGGCGAGUAGCACCUGAUGGUGGGAGGUAUUAGCUUCCCCUUCCCUUCUGCGGGCGGGAGAGUUAGACAGCCACUCAAGAAAACACCAUGAAAAAUACUGAUAUCAAGAGACUACUUUAUACCCAUCUUUUAUGCAUAUUCUCAAUUAUCCUAAGCAUCUUCAUUCCAUCAUUCUUCUUGGAGAACUUCUCAAUAUUGGAAACACAUCUGACGUGGUUGUGCAUCUGUUCUGUCUUGGUAACUGCUGUCAAUCUAGUAUCAUAUUUAGUGGUGAAACCAAAUGCAUCCACUAAAAGAAGUUCAUUAUCAUACAAGGUAACCAGAUUUUUGAAAUGCUGUAUCUACUUUCUUAUGUCUUGUUUUGUCUUUCAUGUAAUUUUUGUUCUAUAUGGAGCACCAUUAAUAGAGUUGGUGUUAGAAACAUUUUUAUUUGCAGUGAUUUUGUCUACUUUUACUACUAUACCUUGUUUGUGUUUGUUAGGACCAAACAUCAAAGCAUGGCUAAGAGUUUUCAGUAGAAAUGGAGUGACAUCCAUUUGGGAGAAUAGUCUCCAGAUCACUACAAUUUCUAGUUUUGUAGGAACAUGGUUUGGAGCCUUUCCUAUUCCACUUGAUUGGGAAAGACCAUGGCAGGUAUGGCCCAUCUCCUGUACGCUUGGAGCGACCUGUGGCUACGUGGCUGGCCUUGCUAUUUCGCCACUCUGGAUAUACUGGAACAGAAAGCAACUUACAUACAAGAACAAUUAACUGGAACACAGGAAGAGUUUUUGUGCAGAUUUCAUAAGGACUGUGCAGAAAUGUACAUGGUCUAAGCCAGGCAGUCCCAUUUACAGCACUGGUUUUUAUGUAGUUACAUGAUGUGAUUGUAGCUUUUUAAACUAUGAAACCCCUGAGAGAUUGUACCUUCUAGUUGAAAUAAAGUAUUUAUAAUAGAUUGUGGCU